AUGCAGGGAAUUCCACCGCGCUCUUCCACACCGGCAGCACCUGCCGCCGACAGGAGAGGAAACGGCAGCGCAGGAGCACGCUUGGGCAUUUUCCCACCAUCUAAAAUGGAAUUAAAUUCAAUUAUUAAAUUUUCUAAGGGCUCUGCUGCUUGCCGGGGAAGGAGGAGCAGCACACGGACGGCAGCGGACACACGGACGGCAGCGGACACACGGACGGCAGCGGACACACGGACGGCUCCGAGCGCAGCGGGACGCGGGCCCGCCCGACUGCCCCGAGGCGGGGGAUGCUACCGAGGGCGGGCGGGCACCGCCGCAGCGCUCCGGGACUGGGAUGGGGAUCGGGAUGGGGAUCGGGACCGGGAUGGGGACCGGGAUGGGGAUCGGGACCGGGAUGGGGAUCUGGAUGGGGACCGGGAUGGGGAUCGGGACCGGGAGGGGAUCUGGAUGGGGACCGGGAUGGGGAUCGGGACCGGGAUGGGGAUUGGGAUGGGAGUGGGGACCGGGAUCGGGAGGGGAUCUGGAUGGGGAUCGGGACCGGGAUGGGGAUCGGAACCGGGAUGGGGAUCGGGAUGGGAGUGGGAACAGGGACGGGGAUCGGGAUUGGGAAGGGAUCUGGAUGGGGACCGGGAUGGGGAUCGGGACCGGGAGGGAAUCUGGAUGGGGACCGGGAUGGGGAUCGGGACGGGGAUGGGGAUUGGGAUGGGAGUGGGGACCGGGAUCGGGAGGGGAUCUGGAUGGGGACCGGGAUGGGGAUUGGGACCGGGAUGGGGAUCGGGACCGGGAUGGGGAUCGGGACCGGGAUGGGGAUCGGGAUGGGAGUGGGAAAAGGGACGGGGAUCGGGAUUGGGAGGGGAUCUGGAUGGGGACCGGGAUGGGGAUCGGGACCAGGAUGGGGAUCGGGACCAGGAUGGGGAUCGGGAUGGGAGUGGGGACCGGGAUCUGGAUGGGGACCGGGAUGGGGAUAAGGAUAAGGAUAAGGAUGAGGAUGAGGAUGAGGACGGGGAUCGGGACUGGCCCGCCCACCGUGCCUCGCACGCCAUCAGCCCGCGCCGCCCGUCACAUGCUCCCGCUGCGGUAACAUCACCGGUGUGCGCCGGCCGGGGAUGCCGGAAGUGCGGAGCGAGCGGUGUAGCCGGGCCGCUCUCCCGCCGGGCCAUGGCCGCUGCCCCGUGCCGUGCCGGGCCGUGCCGGGCCGGGCCGGUGCCGCUGCAGUUCGCUCCGUUCAGCAGCGCGCUGGACGCGGGCUUCUGGCACGAGCUGACCCAGAGGAAACUCAACGAGUACCGGCUGGACGAGACCCCCAAGCUUAUCAAGGGCUACUACUACAACGGUGAUCCUUUGGGUUUGCCAGCUCGCUUGACACUGGAGUUUAGUGCCUUUGAUAUGAAUGCUUCAAUCCCAGCCCGUUGCUGUCCUGCCUUUGGAACCCUGUAUAACACCAACACUUUUGAGACUUUCAAAUCCUGUGAUAAGAAAGCACUUCUGGACAAGGAAGCAAAUGAGAUCUGGGAAUCAAUCAGAUCUGGAGCUGCUCUGGAGAACCCAAUGCUCCUGAACAGGUUCCUGCUGCUGACCUUUGCAGAUUUAAAGAAGUAUCAUUUCUAUUACUGGUUUUGCUACCCUGCUCUGUGCUUCCCUGAUGGAAUUGAGAUCACCCAGAAGCCUGUCUGUCUCGGGGACAGGUUCUCACCAAACCAGAUCCAAGCCCUGCAGAAAGCCUAUGAUGACCUCUGCCAGGAGGAGGGGGUGACAGCCCUGCCUUACUUUCUCAUCAAGUAUCACGAUAAUUCUGUCGUGAUAUCCCCGCUGAAAAAGUGGGAUGGCUUCUUUCAAGACCAAGGAGAAAAGGUGACAGUUGGAGUUUAUGACCCUUGUAAUUUAUCCCAGUAUCCAGGAUGGCCACUGAGAAACUUCCUGAUCCUGGCAGCCCACAAAUGGGGCAGGGCUGUGCAGAGGCUUGAAGUGCUCUGCUUCAGAGACAGGACCAUGCAAGGGGUGAGGGACAUCACCCACAGCAUCAUCUUUGAAAUCAAACUGCCACAGGCACCCCUGGGCCCAGAUUGUCCAAAAGCUGUUGGAUGGGAGAAGAACCAGAAGGGAAGCAUGGGGCCAAGGAUGGUGAAUCUCAGUGAAUGCAUGGAUCCAAAAAGGUUGGCAGAAUCCUCCGUGGAUCUGAAUUUGAAGUUGAUGUGCUGGAGGCUGGUGCCUACUCUGGAUCUGGAGAAGAUUGUGGCUGCCAAGUGUCUGCUGCUGGGAGCUGGCACCCUGGGCUGCAGCGUUGCAAGGACCCUGAUGGGCUGGGGGGUGAGGAAAAUCACUUUUGUGGACAAUGCAAAGAUCUCCUACUCCAACCCCGUGCGGCAGCCGCUCUACGAGUUCGAGGAUUGCCUGAGUGGGGGCAAGCCCAAGGCUCUGGCAGCAGCAGAAAGGCUGCAGAAGAUCUUCCCAGGAGUGAUUUCCGAGGGUUACAACAUGAGCAUCCCCAUGCCAGGCCACCCCGUGAACUUCUCAGAGGUGACCACGGCCCAGGCUCAGAAGGACGUGGCACAGCUGGAGGAGCUCAUCGAGGGCCACGACGUGGUGUUCCUGCUGAUGGACACCAGGGAGAGCCGCUGGCUGCCUGCUCUCAUCGCAGCCAGCAAGAGGAAGUUGGUCAUCAAUGCUGCCUUGGGAUUUGACACUUUUGUUGUUAUGAGGCAUGGCCUAAAGAAACCAAAGCAGCAAGAGUCUGGUGAUUCACGUUUCAGCAACGCCUCUGCUUCUUCUGAUCUGCUGGGAUCCUCACUCUUCUCAAACAUCCCUGGCUACAAACUGGGCUGCUACUUCUGCAAUGACGUUGUGGCACCAGGGGAUUCCACCAGGGAUCGGACUCUGGACCAGCAGUGCACGGUCAGCAGGCCUGGACUGGCCAUGGUGGCUGGAGCCCUGGCAGUGGAGCUCAUGGUUUCUGUGCUGCAGCAUCCUGAAGGGGGUUAUGCUGUGGCCAGCAGCAGUGAUGACAGAAUGAAUGAACCACCCACUUCUCUUGGGCUUGUUCCUCACCAGAUCCGAGGGUUUUUAUCCAGAUUUGAUAAUGUUCUUCCAGUCAGCCUGGCAUUUGAUAAGUGCACAGCCUGUUCAGCCAAGGUCCUCGAGCAGUAUGAACGAGAAGGGUUUCAUUUCCUAGCCAAAGUUUUUAAUUCUUCACAUUCCUUCUUGGAAGACUUGACAGGUCUGACUUUACUCCACCAGGAGACACAGGCUGCUGAGAUCUGGGACAUGAGUGAUGAUGAAACAGUCUGAGCUGGGGUGCUGAGGAGGAGGAGGAGGAGGAGGCUCUGCAGGGCAGCCCUGCCUCUGUCUCUGCUGGGGCAGUUAAUGAUUGCUUACCCCUCCUGACUGCUGGGAAGACAAACAGCCAGAGCCCACGUUCUGCCAGGAAUAACCUCUCUGGAAAAGCAGCCUCUGAUGGACAGAGCUCACCAUCUUUUCAUGUUUAUGGUGUAAAUAACUGCAGCAAUGUGCUCCUCUUCAAACCUGCUCUCUCUCUCUUUUUUUUUUUUUUUGUUUGGUUUUGGUUUUUUGGGUUUUUUUUUUAAAGCUUCUAAAUGUGUCUCCCAUUUAAAAACUGCUGCUUCAGUCACUC